CCUUCAUUUUGACGCUAGGUAAAAGUAGAACAUACAUUUUUAACAUUGAACUUAGCAAACCAUAAAUAUAUACAGAAUGUACCAUAAUACAAGUUUUAUUUGAUGAUUUAAAAAAGCAUUUCAAGCCACUCUGUUUGAUUUUUAAACUGGAGGUUUUUUUUUGGUUUUUUUUUGCCCUUCGAUCACGAGGACCAUCAUGCGGAAAGAAUUGUCUUGCUCACUGCUUGACUCAACGCUGUAACUUCUUUAUUUGGCUCCGCGGUGCCCUGUAAUAAACCCCCAAAAGGAGCGAACGUGUAUUCUGGAUCAACUACAAUGUCGUCGGAGGAAUUUGAGAAGUUGCACGAAAUCUACAGGUCCCUAUACGAAGAGCUGAAGCUAAUGCCGGAGAGGCUGCUGAGGAGCAAUGGCGAGGAGAAGAAGAGCUUGCUGAGGGCCUUCGAAGAGAGGAAAGAGGAGGCGGAAGAAAUUCUGCAGGGAAUGGAAGUGGAGUUGCGCGACGCGCCCCCCUCCUACCGGAAUCCCAUGAGGACCAAGCUGCAUCUCUACCACCGUGACCUCGCCAAGCUGCAGCGGGACGCCAAGACCUCGGCCCCGCCGCUGUCGGACGGGAGUCACGGCGGCAUCUAUUCAUCGCAAAACCAACAAAGCUCGUCCCCCUUUCUCCAGACACGCUUGCAGUCGCAGCGGGCCUUGCUCCUGCAGGGCACCGAGUCGUUGCACAACGCCAGCGAGAGCAUCGACCGCAGUCAGCGCCUCGCGGCCGAGACGGAGCACAUCGGCACGGACAUCAUCGAGGAGCUCGGCGAGCAGCGGGAGCAGCUGGACCGGACCAGGGACAGACUUGUGAAUACGGGAGAGAACCUCAGUCGCACGCGGAAAAUCCUUCGUUCUAUGUCUCGUCGGCUCAUGACAAACAAGCUGCUGCUGGCUGUCAUCAUUCUCAUGGAAUUGGCCAUUCUCGGAGCUGUAGUUUACCUCAAGUUCUUUCGGCGAUGAGGGUGAAGAAAAGAAAAACAAAGUCCGGACCUGCUCUCGGGUCCAUGAGGUCGUCCUUGUUUUAAGUCUUACUGAAGGUCCAGCCUUAGAUAAGGAUACCUCUCCACAAGAAUCACAGAAGAAAAUGGGCACUAAUGACCAGACUCUUAAUACAGAGAAAUCCCUGUGGAAGGAAGUUUUGUUACAUCCGCGGACCAGAGAGGAUGUGCAGUAAAGGCGCUACUGGACCCAGAACAUUGCCUUUGGCAGCCAGUGUGUUAAACUGAGGUACUCCGUUUAGCAAUAGUCAAUAUAGGAAGAGAUGGCACUGUCUGUCGUCAGUCACUGUUUUUAAAUUUUCAUUUUACAUCGCUCAGGUUAACUAUUGUUUAUUACUUUCUUGUCAGUGUAUAGAAAAUUGGCUUUCACAUUUCAACACUAACUGUAUCUCACAUUUCUCAAGGACAACCCCCCCCCCCCCCCCCCCCCGUCUCUCCAGUUACCCCUUUCAAACUGCACUGUUGCCAGUGACGUUGCAGUGCUAGAGCCAUAAUUAGUGCUGAUUUUCACAAGCUACCAAAAUGGUGCCAGACUAGCAACAACUUGUUGUUGGUCCAAAACAAGGUCUUCUCAAUUUUAUGACAAGAAGCCAGUGAAGUACGAUGACACAUGGAUUUAGGGCUGCUUUGGCUAUACAACACUUGUACCCAACCAGCAGUGGCGCCAGCUAGGUGGGAAAGGGGUGAAAAAAGCCCACCUAAAUUUGUUUUAAGCCUUCGAGUCAUGGCAAGUAAGACUUUUUCCUUACGUGGUAUAUUUCAAUCAAUCGAUGGGACGAUUGUGAAUGUUAAUUUUUCCAGAAAUAACAAGAAUGAUUCUUCAAUAACUUCCAUCCUCUUUCGUUGAUGCAUAUGCAAGAUUUAAAAAAGUGGUGGUUCUAACAUUGAAUCUUGCAAGUACUCCUUAAAAAAAAAAAAAAAAAAAAAAAAAAAAACUCUAUUCCAAGUACCCACUUCCUCUUUUGUUGGUAAAUAUCAGAUUUUUUUUUUUUUAAUAAAUAUUGGUUGAAGAUUGUAGCCUACCUUGUGUAACUCCUUGAUGAAGAAAAAAAAAUCUAGUUACUGUUUUCUCUUUUUUGAUGAAUAUCUACAGAUUGGAAAAAGGUUGUAGAUUGAACUUUGAGGAACUCUUCAAGGAGUUCAAAAACGUUUUAAUUACCUGCUUCCUCAUUUGUUAAUGAUUAUUUUGAUAUUUUAAAAGGUGGUGGUUCUUGGAUUAAACUCUUUAAAACCACGGACCAAAUAUAUUUUUUAAAAGCUUUAGUGAACCUUGCGAAACCUAAAAAAAAAACUAUUACAAUUACGUUUCCUCUUGAUGAAUAUCUUAUGUUUUGAAGUGAUUCUAUGAAUGAACCCUGCAGAACUAAAAAAAAAAAAAAAAAACUUCCAAGGAACUGCUUCCUCUUUUUGUUUAUAUAUAUAUAUAUAUAUAUUUUUUUUUUGCAACUGCCUUGUGGAACUCCAAAAAAACAACAACAACACACCUCUUUUAAUUACAUGCUUACACUUUCUGUGAAGAAUAGUUUAAGAUGAUUUAAAAGUGGUGGUUCUAAGAUUGAACUUUGUGAAAAAAUAACUUUUGUCUCUGUUGGCCGUGAUUGACGAACCCACCCAGGCACUGAAUCACUUAGAUGGAAGACCAGAAAAUAAACUCUUUAAUACAAGAAUGUAA